AUGCUUUUGCAAAGAACGAACAUGAGUCGGCUGCCCAAAGACGGAAACGCUCCGUCUUCAGCUCCCUUGAAGCAAGAUGAGCCUCUGACUUGCAUGAUAUAUUUCUUCGCAUCCCAAAUGGGACGAAAUAUUCAGACAGCUCCUGUGCCGUCUAAUGGGAGAUCUGCUGCUAUGGAUAUAAACCAUUCGCCCCAUCGCCUCGACACCUUGCUGGCCAAAAUCGGUAUCCACGCUUCAUUCUCCCCACUCAUUACGCGCUUCGACACGUUCCCUGUAGAGAUACCGGAGGCUGUGGCGCAAUCAAAACGGCGGAACAGGCCGCCCGAAGCGACAGUCCAUGAUACUAUGCUUCUGGUAAAGUUUCGAAGCGCAAGGGCAAGGGAGGAAUGGAUCGCAACGAGAGAAUGGAGAGAAUUCAUGCAACAAACAGAGACAGAGGAUGUGUUCAGACGGAUGCCGCAUGUCAGAUGCGCGCGAAGUUUGAAAGGACUAAGGGAUCCGAUCGAGGUACUAAGCGCUUGA